UUAUAGCCCAGACUACGUUUUAGAAAGUGUGAAGAUACGCUAAGUAUAUCUCGCGAUUCAGAGACUUUCACUUGUUAGUCGUGAGGCUUCAUAAUCACAUCUUUGAAGCGGGAGUAACUCCUGAAUAUUCCUUCCUGUCCACGGCUAGUCAGACGGAAUAUUCAGAUUUAAAUCAUGAAACAUCACGAUGACUAUGUGAAAAAAACCGGGUUUCCGGGUUUUUUUUCCGUGAAAAAUAUUACAUGAUCAAGGGGAUAUAUGGCGAGACACGGAUAUAAAUAUUGGAGAAAGCCCAGUCUCCCGAAAACAAGUUACUUCUGUCAGCCGGCUGACAAACCGAUCUUCACCAUGCAAAUCUCCAAGCUCUACACUUUUCGCCCUGGCCUCUGGCGUUGCAGCUGCGCGCGGAAAAUGCGGUAUGUGAAUGCGUUGUCCGAGGCGAUUGUCUCGCAGGGGAACCCAACGGUAGAGUACUGGAUUGCCUGUUGUCUCAAGGACAUUCCAUCGACCUUUCGACGUUCCGAUUGCACAUGGAUCGUUAUUUCUCAGGCGCACACCCGCCCACCACUUCUCUCGUCUACGCUGGGGCUAAGUUUGGAAAAUAUGGAGGGGUGGGGGGGAUUAAGAACAACCCCCGUCCUGUGUGUUGUUGAGUGGUAUCCAAGGUGA